ACUUAGGGGAUUCGAUUCAAUGGGAAGUGAGGUAUAAGUACACCAUAGCCUCACAUCUUUAACACUUCAUAGCAAAAAAAACAUCUUGUUUUCUCUAUCAUUUUCAUUUUCCUCUCCCAACAAAAACACCCAAAAGAAACUCUCUCGAUUUCAGCGCCGGAGAUGGAUUUCCACAGCCUUCUCAGAAGAGAUCUUCAGUUUCUCUGCAAGAGGAACAAAAUCCCAGCUAAUAUGACCAAUGUUGCCAUGGCCGAUGCUCUCGAUGCUCUUGAGAUCGUUGAAGGUCUUGAUGAAUACAUGAGUCAAUCCGUGCAGUCUCCAACUAGUGUAGCUAAGCAACCGCCAAAUACUGCUACUAGAGCAACUCGAAGAAAGACUACAGUGAAAGCUGAACCUCAGUCGACUUCACUGAUGGUGUCCCGUUCUUGUCGUUCGACGAGCAAAUCUCUUGCCGGAGAAAUGGACCAGGAAAACCUUAACAAGAACGUUGCUCAAGAACCGAAGACUAGCACUGUCAAGUUUGAAGCCAAUGUGCCCAAAACGCCUGCAGCACGAAGCACAAGGAAAGCUUCAGUACCAACUUCUUGUGCUAAGAAGGAUGAUUUGGUCCAGUCGGUGUAUAGCACUAGGAGAUCAACCAGGCUGUUAGAAAAAUGUAUGGCUGAUCUGAGUUUGAAGACUGGAGAAACUUUGGAUAAGCCUGCCAAGAAUGAAGUUACAGAACAAAAAAUAUCUGUGCAGGAGAAGAAUCCAGCUGGUUCAGAGGCUGAAGUUAUCCCAGGUAGAGAUUUAAGUGUUUCUAUGGAACAAGUAUGGGAGAACUUGAAAAAUGUUAGUGACCAGGUAGUUGGAGAUCUUGAGGUAUAUGUUGAUAUUGCUGCUAUGGAUGCAAACACUGAGGUCAACAAGGAAGAGAUGAGUGAAGUUAGAGCUGAUGAAAAAGAAUGUGAGAAUAGCUUAGUCAAAGUAGACAAACAAGAAGAAACUUUGCAGGCUAUGUGUAAGAAGAAGAAUGACAGUGAUCAGGGAAUUGGAGAUCUUGAGCUUGAUGUUGAUUUUGGUGCUAUUCCUGUCUUGGAACAUGCAAACACUGAUGAUAAUGAGUUCAAGAACGUUUUAGCUUUGGGCAGUUCAGUAGACGCACAAGAAACAGAACAGGCAAUUCAGGAGAAUGGCGCUGAACCUGAGAAAAUCAACAAGUUCGAUGAAGAAGACACAAUGGUGAAUGCUGGUGAUUCAGAAACUGAGGCGGAAGAUAAUUGUGGUGUUGACUCAGACGGCACUAUCUCUGAAGCUGAUUCGAACCAAGCCGUAUUGGGAUCUGAUAUUGCCGAUGAAGAGAUGACUCUUUCGGAAUCAGAAGGCUCUGUUGCCAGUGCUCCAAAUUCUCCUCCUCUUCUUGAAAAGGCUGAAGUCAAAACAACUCCGUUAUCUCCAUUUGCAGAAGAAUCAAUCUCAGUUCAAUUUCCAAGACCAAGCAAAUCAACAACUCCAUCAAAGAACUCGGCUCUGAAGCUGGUCGAUGGCGAGAACAAAGAGAACAACAUGGAGAUAAUGAUGAGGGUGGAUGUUAACAAUAAUGAGAAUGGAGAGAAGAAAGGUGAAGAGGCUAAGAAGAAGAAGAAGAAGGUCAGGAUCGAUGAAGAGAACUUGAAAAAUAAGAGCAUUAGGCAACUGACGGAGAUACUGAAGAAUCUUACUAUAAAGGACAGUAAGAGAACUGCGUUGCAGAUAUUGCCUGGUAAUAAUCAGACUGCAGAAUAGAGAGAGAGAGAGAGGCAGAGUUGACUCAAAAUGUGCUUGUUGUUGUUCUUGUUGUCCGAUCAGACAGAUAAACGAAAGUGUUUCCUUUGUUGACACUUUUGGUUUGAAUAAAAAACUCAAUUUGGAAAAAAGAUCUGUGUUUCAUAUUUUCUUUACA